AUGGAGCGCGUCGUGCGUGCGCAAGAAGGAUACAAUAAUGGAAAGAUAACGAAUGAUGUGAACGAACUAGAAGGACUUAUCGAAAAGAUAAAGAACAAGUAUGAAUGCCAAUCGGACGCGGUCAAAAAAGAAGGAAUGAAAAACAUACUCGACCGGUUAACGAUCGGCCUUAAAAGAGAAAAAUCACAAAUAAGGCACAAUGGACGCUUCAUGGAUACUUACAUCCAAGGAAUGGCAAGGAACACAGACCGAUCACUUAUGAGCGAAAAUAACACUGAUUUGAAUAUAUGCAACGUGUGCAAAACAAAGUUUGACAAUGAAUUUCGACGCGAAGUUUUUAAUCUCAAUUGCAAGCACAUUUGCUGCUUAACCUGUAUAAUAGGUCACCAACAAGGAGGUUACAACCCAAAAAAUACAAAGCCGCCAUUAUUUCGCUGUCCAGAACCGAAUUGCCUACAGCUGACAAAAUUCCAUAAAACAGAUAUCACUUUUAUCACACGAAUUCAUACUCAACACUCGGCACCAAGCAUUACAACAGGGGAGAACGACAUCAUUCCAACAGAAAACUCAGACUCGCCGGUGCAAGCAGAGACGAUAGACAGCUCAAACAAUGAAAUACAAGGAUAUUUUCUCUUCACAAAUCGCUUUGAAGAAGCAAGACGAAGAAGAGCGGCACGAAUAAAGGCGUUAUACGAUAACUAA